AUGAAACAAUGGGUCGUUGAAGAUAAGGAGCACGGCUUCGACGGUCUUGUUUACAAGGACGCUGCUGUUCCCAAAGUCGGCGAAAAUGAAGUCAUGGUGAAGCUACAAGCUGCGUCGCUGAACUAUCGCGACCUAACUAUUCCAAAGGGCCCCUAUCCAUUUGCUCUCAGUCUCCCCGUAGUGCCAGGCUCUGAUGGUGCUGGUGAGGUUGUCGAAGUGGGAUCCAAGGUUGUUGAAUUCAAGAAGGGGGACCAAGUUGUGACUCUCUUCAAUCAGGGCCACCAAUACGGCGAGAUCGACAUAUUUGCAGCGGGCACUGGCCUAGGUGGUGUGGUCGACGGUACCCUGCGCGAAUAUGGCGUAUUCAACGAACAGGGUCUUGUGAAGGCGCCAAGAAACCUCGAUGCCCGCGAAGCUAGCACCCUACCGUGCGCAGCGCUCACCAGCUGGAAUGCACUGUAUGGUCUGAAGCCUCUGAAGCCUGGCCAGGUCGUUCUUGUGCAAGGAACUGGUGGUGUCAGUAUAUUUGGCUUGCAGUUCGCCAAAGCUGCUGGUGCGACAGUUAUCGCGACUACCUCUUCUGCCUUGAAGGCCGAGAAACUCAAGAAGCUCGGUGCCGAUCACGUCAUCAAUUAUAAGGCUGAGCCCAACUGGGGCGAUGCUGCUCGCAAGCUGACUCCUGACGGAGCUGGCGUUGACCACAUUAUUGAAGUAGGUGGUAGCGGAACGCUCCAGCAGAGCUUCAAGUGCGUGAAGUUCGAGGGUAUCAUCAGUGUUAUUGGCUUCCUUGGUGGCGUGGACCCGAAGAAACAGCCGACUGUACUCGAGGCAUUGACUCACAUCUGCACUGUGCGUGGUGUUUAUGUUGGUAGUAAAGCUCUCAUGAAGGAUAUGGUUCGAGCCAUCGAGGCCAAUCACAUCCACCCUGUGGUGGAUGACAAGGUGUUUAGCCUUGACCAGACACGGGAAGCCUAUGAUUAUAUGUUGGCGCAGAAACACUUUGGAAAGUUGACUAUCAAGAUCAACUAA